AUGCAUCAAAUGGAGGAGGCACCACCACCUCCACCAGUCAAUCUCAAUAAUAUAUCACCUCUGAUGAAAACCGAAGUCAUUGAACAUCCAGUUCUACCUGUGCCGACACCAGUUUCAGUAACGGAACCAUCGGUGGCGCCGCCAUCUGUUACCACAACACCAGUGGUGACCGUGCCGAUUGCUCCUGCUCAACCGUUGUUAACAAGCACGCCAUCGGCACCGAUAAAAAAGCCAAAACGAGGUUUUCGAUCGUUGCUGAAUAGUAGAAAACCAAUUCGAUCAUCAGCUAAACCAGCAACACUACUCGCACGGCCAUCGAUUAUAAGCACAUCAACAAUAUUGCCGCACGCACAACAACCAAUUCUUCUUGGUAAUCAGAUAGCACCAAUUAUUCCGAAAGCAGCGCCAACAAUUCAAACGAAUACACCACCAGGAUUCACAACGUAUUUAGUGGUGGAUGGCAAUCAAGGCCAACUAGUACAAGUUGCAAAUGAUGGUCCAAAGCCUGUUACAUUUCGAAACCAAACUGGUCAAAUACUCCAAGCAACACCAAUCACGGUUAUACCGUCAGCAAAUCAGCCUGUUGUCUCCACAUUUCCAGUCAACGGCGACUGUUCAUUACUAUCUAAUUCCUCACAAACAAUUACCACUGUCAGGACGAGUUCUUCGAUUGAUAUGCAACAACAAACUACUUUAACGAGCGACACGACAACAUUGACAACACAACAACUAACAGGUAUUAUCCAUCAACCACCGAUUUUACCCACAACAUUUAUCAAUGGGAAUAAUCUCUCUACAUACGAUAACAACUCAUCGUUGGACGAAAUGAAUAAUCGUCAUCGCCGACUAAGCAGUUCAAGUUUAUCGAAAAAGAAACGCGGUCGUCCAAGACUGUAUGAACGAGAUCCAUUUACUAACAAACCAAUUAAGAGCGAUGUAACUUCUCCGAACACUGAAUUAACAAUUCCAACGGUUGCAAAUACCACAUUAUUAGUGCCAGGGCAAACAGCUACAUUUAACACACUACCUACGCAUACAAACGGUUGCAGUUCACUUAUCUUUCCAAAUCAAUCAACUCCAAUCCAGAUGACUGCUCCAUCCUUAUUACAACAACAUCAAUAUACCUAUCCAUCCUUACUCAAUGGAACAUCAUCGGCGACAUCUGUAUUAUCACCAACAACAUUUAAUAAUUACAAAACCAAUUCUACGCCACCAUUAUCAUCAACUACGUAUCCGUAUUCAUCGCAGUCAGUUGCCAAGGAAUAUCAUCCACCAUCAUCUGCGCCUUUGGUAACACCAACUCAAAACUUACAAUCAUCGUCGUCAUCGACAGCAACAAACAACAAUAGUGUAUCCCAUAUUGCUCCAUUGGAAUCUUCACCAAGGAAAUCGUCCAAUAAUGACAUUGCUGUUCACUAUAUCGGUGGUUAUGUUAUACGUGAAAGUAGUCAACCAUUUUUGCCCCUCGAUCAUUCUAACCACAAAGAAAAUCACGAUCAACUUCGAUGUGUUUCAUGUCAAAAGCUAGACAGUUCUCAUCGAUUUUUCGAUCACGAAAAGAGAUAUUGCUCAAAACUAUGCUCAAUGAAGUCAAAUGACAUCAAAGCACCAGUUAUUGCCGAAUCAACACGAAUUUUCGAAAAUGUCAUUCCACAACAAACGAUUGAAGCAGAUAAUGACGACGCCGUAUCUUUACCACCUGAUCAUGGUCUACCAGCUGAUCCAAGCAAAUGGACGGUUGCGCAAGUUGGAGAAUUCGUUGCCCGAUUAACGAAUGAAACCAUACGUGAAGCGUUCUAUGAAAGUGAAAUGGACGGUCAAGCGUUAUUGUUAAUGACUCAAGAUCAUCUACGUGAAACCAUGAAAAUCAAAUUAGGACCAUCGUUGAUCAUCUCAAGUGAAAUAAACAAAUUACGUGAACGUGCCAAAACAUUUUCAUCAUGA